AUGGGAAUGAUUUCGCUGAUAGUUUUUGAUGUGAACAGCGGAGAUAUCCGAAAGAAGGUGUUUAGCCUCGGGCAGUUUUCGUUUUUUACGCGAGGAAAGGUGAAGGAGACGGUGACUUUUAUUUCGCAUGAACUUGCUAAGAGACUGGAGACAUACAAAUUCCAAGAGUAUGUGCAUAAGUUUAAUGAAGAGAGCUACAAGCUGUUUACGAUGGUGCAGGGAGAUCAAGCAUAUGUUGCAUGCUCGAACUUUGAAUAUCCAGGAGCGGUUGCAUUAAAGUUUCUUGAGGAGGCGAAGAAUGGGAACAUUGAGAAGCUGAUUGAGGAGUAUCAGGAUCCCACGUCGAAGCAUAUUUUGCAUCAAGUGCAGAAAGAGGUUGAGGAGACACGAGGAGUUCUGUCGAAGACAUUGAUUGCGGUGCUUGAGAGGGAUGACAAGAUAGAGGAUCUUGUUGCAAAGUCUGAGCACCUGCGGUAUGAGACAAAAAUGUUUUUUAACAGUGCGAAGAGCAAGAACAGGUGCUGUGGCUCGUGA